ACGUGUGAAACCAAAUGCCAUAAUAAACCCUGGAAGUUGCUGGAGUCCUAUAAAUCAGUUCGCUAUAUAAAUUAUUAUAUAGAAAAUUUCAUCGUAUCGAAAUACACAAAAUACAGGCCGAUAUAGAUAUAAAGGGAGAGAGAGAUGAGCACCACCAUCUCGCCAGGUUCCAGCAAGGAUCUCCGAUCACCGCUUCUAUCUGCGUCAGCGAAAGACACUGGAAGAGCUGCAACUCAGAAAAUAUGCAUCGAUGUUAUGCUCCAAAAGUAUUGUGGGGAGUUUGGGCCGUGGCAGAUGAGGCAUUUUGUGUUAACUAGCUUGGCUUGGGCCCUUGAGGCCUUUCACACUAUGGUCAUGAUCUUUGCGGACCGUGAACCGGAUUGGAGAUGCGUCGACGGUCCAUUGGGCCAAACCAGCUGUAAUAGGGUGGCAAAAACGGUUUGUGGGCUUGAACCGGGUUCGUGGGAAUGGGUCGGCGGUGUGGGUAGCUCCACUGUGGCUCAAUGGGGAUUGGUUUGUGGUGAGAAGUAUAAGGUUGGGUUGGUCCAAGCAUUGUUCUUUGGCGGCUGCAUGAUUGGGGCAGGAAUAUUUGGCCACCUCUCAGACUCUUUCCUUGGAAGAAAAGGCUCACUAACCAUAGUUUGUUUACUAAAUGCCAUCUUUGGUUGCAUAACAGCACUCACUCCAGACUACAUCACCUACCUCCUCCUCCGCUUCCUCACUGGCUUUAGCACUGGCGGUGUUGGCCUUUGCGCCUUUGUCCUAGCCACAGAACCGAUAGGCCCCUCUAGGCGUGGCGUAGCAGGAAUGUCCACUUUCUACUUCUUCUCAACUGGGAUAGCCUUACUUUCCCUCAUAGCUUACGUUUUCCCAACAUGGCGUGCUCUUUAUAUUGCUUCCUCCAUUCCUUCCCUCAUUUUUCUAGUUUUAGUCAUCCCUUUCAUAUCAGAAUCCCCAAGGUGGUACUUAGUGAGAGGAAAAGUCAACGAAGCUAUGACGAUCAUGAACUCAAUAGCUAAGUCAAAUGGAAAGGAACUACCAGAAGGAAUAACUCUAGGAUUAGAUGAUGAAUCAAACACUAAAAGUAUAUCAGAAAGUGUUAACCCCACUUCGAAUAACGGAGUAUCUGGUUCUUUAGUCGACGUUGUUCGAUCUCCUGUAACUAGAGUUCGUCUAUUUUUGGCUGUAGCCAUAAAUUUCCUCUGUUCUGUCGUUUACUAUGGCUUGAGCUUAAAUGUUGUGAACUUAGAUACUAAUCUCUACAUGACCGUGGUUCUAAACGCCGUAGCCGAGAUGCCAGCUUUUACGAUCACAGCCAUUUUGUUGGACAAGUUCGGGAGGAAGCCAUUGGCAAUAGGGACACUCUGGUUUAGUGGAUUGUUCUGCUUUUUAGGGAGUUUGGUGAGAAAUGACGUCGUUGGGGUGUGGAAAGUGUUAAGAAUGAUAUGUGGAGUGUUGGGAAUUUUUGGGAUGGCAGGGACAUAUAAUCUUUUGUUCAUCUACACGGCUGAGCUUUUCCCCACUGUUGUUAGGAAUGCAGCGCUUGGGUGUGCAACUCAGGCUUCACAGAUGGGUGCGAUUUUGGCACCGUUUGUUGUCGUUUUGGGAGGUGCAUUGCCGUUUGUGGUGUUUGCCAUAUGUGGGAUUGUUGGGGGGAUUCAUGCGUUUUAUCUUCCGGAGACGUUGAAUAAGCCAUUAUACGACACCAUGGAUGGGAUGGAGAGUGGAGAAAAAGAUCGUGAUCUUUUAAUUAGUGUUUGAAAAUGAAGAGGUUAUCGUCUUGUUUUAUACAUCAUAAGUUUUUUUUAAUAAAUCAAUAUAUUUAUUUAUGUAGAA